AUGUCUCAUGGAAAGCAGUUCACGCUCUUCUCCCACCCACUUGGACCGAACGGCAUUAAAGUUGCCAUAGUAUUGGAGGAGCUAGGUUUGACUUAUGAGGCGGUCUAUUUGAGUGCCUUUGAGGAGGGUGAUCGUAAUGUCAAGGGACCUCUACACACAAAGUACAACCCGAAUGGUCGCAUUCCAACUUUGAUUGACCACAGAAGCAGCGACUUUGUAGGAAUUCUUACGUACCUUGUUGAAAGAUACGAUGCCGAGCACAAAAUAUCGGUCACGGAUCUGGAGGACAAGAUAACCCAACUUCAGUGGUUAUUCUUCCAAGCUUCUGGACAAGGACCGUAUUUCGGCCAGGCUGGCUGGUUCACCAGCUGGCACCCGGAGAAAUUACCGAGCGCUAUUGAGAGAUACCGGAAAGAAGUCCUUCGUGUAUUCGGGGUGCUCAACAGCGUGCUGUCUAAGCAGGAGUGGCUCGUUGGCGGCAAGUGCACCGUAGCAGAUCUUUCCUUCAUCCCGUUCAACGUUCUAGCAAUUACCGACUAUGUUGCAGACUACAAUGGAUUUGACUUCGCCAGGGACUUUCCUGCAGUGUUCAAGUGA